CACAGUUGACAACAUUCAUGAGUAUCAAUUUCAAAAUGGUGGAUAGCAAUACAAUGAUUGCAUCAAUGUAACACACAUAGAGGUUUAAGUCUACCAAUGAUUUAUGUCUUCAUAGUUGUGCUAUGCAAUUAAGAACAAUGGUUCCGCGCUUGAAUUUAUUCAUUGGAUUUGGAGGAACACUUCUCGCUGCUUUAACGGGCGCUUACAUUCUUUGGGGACCAUCUAAAAAACGUCCGAAAGAUAAAUGUAGAGGGCUGGUUAAUAUUGGAAAUUCAUGUUUCCUGAAUUCGUUGCUACAGUCCUGGGCAGCGUGUCCUUCAUUUUACAAUUGGCUCUACACUUCAGUAACAAGUUCUAAAGCUGCUCAUGAGAAACUGUUGUCCAGUACAAUUUUUAAUAUCCUACGAGUGCUUAAUAAUGAAGUGAAGGAUGCCACAGAUCCCUAUAACCCUAGUAGUGUACUUGGAGCACUCCGAGCUAAAAGCUGGGUCAUCACAUCAGAGGAACAGGAUGCACAUGAACUCUUUCAUGUCUUGACGGAGACAUUAGACGAGGAAACAUCCAGCUACCCAAGUGUCUUGUCUCUCUUUGAUAUAUGGCAUUUACAGGAUCCCAAAAAUGUGUAUCAGUCUGAGAAACACGCCAGGACUAGAAGUCAAGGGCUGCUCCCUGUACUGCCCAUGAAAGGUGUCGAGCAGCCAGCGCGGGGACUACUGGCUAGUCAGCUUCAAUGUUUAUCUUGUGGGUCACGAUCACCAGUGAAAUAUGACAUCUUUGAUAGCCUGACUUUAACAUUUCCUAAGAACUAUUGGGGAGCAUUGAGCUUAGAAAGUCUACUGCAUCAGUUUGUAAGUCCAGAAAUUGUGCAGUCAGUUGAUUGUAAAGGAUGCGCGAAAAUAGCCAAAUGUCAGGUUGUCAAAUCAAACUUUAGGAAGAGAGUGUCUAUAGGAAAGCUUCCACAAGUAUUGUGUAUUCACUUGCCUCGUACACAGUGGCUAGACAAUGGAGCUCUGCUCAAACGUUAUGACCACGUCAGUUUUCCAGAGACACUUCACAUGGACCAAUAUUUGUACUGCAAUCAAAGGAAAGAAAAAGGUGACGAGAUUCGUGGCCUGUCUGGAGGUGUGGAUGCUACAUUAAAAAUGUUGAGCCAAGCUGUCAAACCAGUAGCAGCGCCCACAUCUGCCCCAGUCAACCUGCUGAGGACACUGAAUUAUGACCAGCAGUUCACUCGCACUGGUUUGUUUGUCCACCCCGAUAGAUCUCCCCAGAUACCUAGAGAACUCAGUGAUGUCAACCAUAAUGCACCACCUGAGAUAGCUAAAUCUGGAUCUACCGACUUCUCCUAUAAGUUGGCAGCUGUGGUGUGCCACCUUGGAGAUGUCCAACUGGGUCAUUACGUGGCGUACAGGCGCGGGAUCCACUCUGGAGAGAAUGGGAACCAAGCCAUCGGUGCUGGGGACAUGGGGAAUAAAUGGUGGCUGACAUCCGAUUCCACUGUGACUAGAGUCUCAUUACAACAAGUUCUGUCCUCUGAAGCCUACAUGUUGUUCUAUGAGAGGUAUUGAUCCACAUACUGAAGUAUUACUGCCUGCCAAAACGUAUACAUUAGUAUCCAACAUGUUGAUGUUACUAUCUAGCAUCACUUCUGAUAUCAAGAGCCGCUGCACUGCUUGUACCAACUGAUCUUUUUCUUUUUAUGUCAGACACAUAGGUAAAUGUGCUUGAGUAAAUAGUGUCAUUUAGAGCACUUUUUAGUGGCUAGAAGUACUGCAACUGUUGGCCAAUGUCAAUAGUGUAUUCACUUCUUGCUGAGAUAUUUCUCAGUUUCACUAUAUUGAUAUUCACUUUUGAUCAUUACGAUGCUCACUUUGAUCAUUAAAAUUUUUGUCAGUAGUUUUCAUGGCUUUAAGAAUCAAAAAAAUGUUAGCUAUUUUAUUCUAAUUUAUAUGUUGACAGCUUCAUUUUUUAACCCUAACCCUUAGUACUUUAAAACAGUCUGGUCUGCUGAUACACAUCUCAAAUGUGUUUGAAAUAAAAGUCUUGUUUCUAAUGAUCAUUUAAAUCUCAGAGUUGUCUGAAAUCCAGCUGCAAACAGUGGUUUGUUGUGUCUUGCGUGUAUAAAGUUUUUCCAGUGUACAUAGUCACAAACUAUGACUGUGAUUGAAUUUUUUAAAUCCAUACAUUUGUUGAUGCUCAUUUGAUUCUACAUUGAAAUCAAGUUGCAUAUGUUGGUUUUUUUUCUUCAUUAUCCUGCUUCAAGCCUUUUAUUUUCAUUUAAGAUUAUACUUGUAUCUUUUUUUCAAAUGUAUGUUGACCUUUUUUAUGAUUUAAACAUGAGACUCUUAUAACUAAUUUUAGAGGAUACCAUGUAUUUCAAAGGUCACACUUUUUUAUCUGAGGUAUUCUUUUUGUGGUUAUAACAGCAUCAUUUGGGAAAAGUCAGUGUGUAAAUGUGCUCAACAAUUGUCCCCAAACAUCUGGCAAUUCUGCUUAAAAAUAAAUUUUAGUUCAUCACUAGCUUACAAAUAAAAUGUGGACAUUGGAAAAAGAUAUCCACUACAAAGCUCAGAGCGAAACAUUGUUGAUUUUUGAUAGAUCUUAUUACUCCAAUAUAUGUUUUUGUUGAGUUGAUAAAUGUGUGUGCAAGGCAUUGACUGACUUUAUAAGGAAAGAUCUUGUGCCAUGAUGACAUUGUCUUCAGCAUUCAAUCAAAAGAUAUUAUUUAUUUGGAACUGGUCUCAACGUUUGUAUGUUUAUUGUAUGCUGUAUGUAACCUUGUUCUUUCAGAUGUGUUCCUUGACAGAUUUGUUAUUACAUUUUUUUUGGCGUCCUAGUCUUGGUUACAAAUUGGACAUUGUAGCUGUGGCAUUGAGAUAUUAUUUAAAACAAUCAUUGUAGCUGUGGCAUUGAGAUAUUAUUUAAAACAAUCAUUGUAGCUGUGGCAUUUUGACAUAGAAUAGUAAACAAUAGUUGGUUGUAACAGUUUGUCAUACUAAUUGUCUGAAAUGUAAAUAACAAAGAUUUCCUUUAGAUCUAAGGCCAACCCAAACCAAUUUUUUUCUGAAAGUUAAAGUGUGUGGGUUAGAUUUUUUAUACAACAAAUUUUAUACAACAAAUAUUGUACCUUCAUUUUUUUUAAUGAUAGAAUUUUAACAUUUAGAGCAUUAUAAUAAUUAAGAUCUAAAAUGAAUAGAUUUUAGGAUAAUAUGUUUAGUUUUAUAAGAAGUAUAUUUAGUGCAUUUUAUUUUCAAUAUUUAAAAACUUGUGCUGAUAAUUGGCAUUUUGUGGCUAAUAAUAUAUUUCUUGUGUGGCUGGUGCUUGGCUUUUAGUUUGACUUUGAGACCGAUGUGUUGAAGAGAGUGUCAAGUCUGUUUGAGGUGAAUGAGAAAACUAAAAGUGAACUGUAGUUUUGCUUCAGUGUCAAGUAAUCCUUCCUUUCAUCCAUUGUCCCAAGUCCAUCCAGAUCAAAUGGCUGUUGUCAAUCUAGUCUAAUGAAACCAGUCAGCUGUAUAGAUAAAUGUCUUGUUUAUAUGUUGUAGCUAUAUUAUAAUAUAGGUUCUGUUCCUCGUCUCCAUAACUAGCUAAGAAAAGCUACUUGUAGUUCUACUGAUCAUGACAUUUUAAACCAAUAGUUUUUUUUGUUUCAGAUAUUUCUCUUUCUCCUUACUAGCUUGUACCGUGUCCUUUUACUUGCUAAUGCUAAUCCAGUUUUGUUUGUUAUAAUGAAUCUAUUUUCUUCUGGUUGUAGAAAAGCUUUUGAAUAUGUGAAUUUUGUUUCCCAUACAGAACAUUAAAGUUUUAAACAUGUUUUUAA